UUAUUUACAGAACAUUUUCAGUCUUCUUGGUGACGUCUCGGAAGCUGUUUGUAGUUAUCUGCACAUCUGUUUUGAUCCAGAGUGACUCAGCUCAAAGUAGAGCACAUCCAGUCACAGGAAACUUUGUCAGGCACCAGAACAGACCUCAGAAGCAUCUGUACACGUUGUUAAGACUGUAGUUGUUCUUUAGUGCCUAAAUUGCACAUGACAUCACUUGGUUUACAAUCUUUUAUCUUUAAAUACAGCAUUGAAUAAGUACAUCUACAAUGUCAGUUUUGCUUAUCAUUUGGAUGCUUUGUACUACUCUGGAUUUGUCAGACUCCACUCCUGUCGAAUGUGAAGAUGAGAUUCAGCGUCUUCGAGCAGAGUUGAAGAGUUUGGAACUUCGCCAGACAAAGCAACAGCAACUGAUUCAACGAUUAAUGAAUCACAACCAGAUGCAUGAACAUUCCCUAAAAGCGGGCUCAUUUUAUGACACGGGAGACAAUCAGUACAUGGACUGUGCUCAGAUCUUCAGACAUGGCAAUACUCAGAGUGGGUUUUACAUGAUUAAACCACUGCUAAAUCCAACCCAGAUCAGAGUGUACUGCGAUAUGACCGAUGGGGGUGGAUGGACAGUCUUCCAGAGACGCGCGGAUGGCAGUCAGUCAUUUGACCGAGAUUGGAAUGAUUAUAAAACAGGAUUUGGUGACAUGAAGUCCGCUAAUGGAGAGUUCUGGUUAGGGAAUGAUAAUCUGCAUUAUCUGACAUCUCAAGACGAUUACACCUUGAGAAUCAAUCUGGAAGACUUUGAGGGCAGCCACCGUUUUGCCGUGUACAAAACAUUCAAAGUGGAAAAUGAACAGAACCAUUACCGGCUCCAGUUUGGCGUGUACACAGGAAACGCAGGGGACGCUCUCUCUGGCACUUACCAUCCUGAGGUUCAGUGGUGGGCCAGCCAUCAAGGAAUGAAGUUCAGCACACGAGACAGAGAUAAUGACCGUUAUAAUGGCAGUUGUGCUCAGGAGGACAAGGGUGGCUGGUGGUUUAACAGAUGUCACUCUGCCAAUCUGAAUGGUUUCUACCACAGAGGUCCCUACAGUGCAGUCACUGAUGAUGGAGUAGUGUGGUACCCGUGGCAUGGCUGGUGGUACUCCCUCAAAUCUGUGCAGAUGAAGAUCAGACCGGCCAGCUUUGAGCCUAAUGAUGUCUAAUUAAUGGAUCUGUUAUUUGAACCAUGAAGGAAAUGAUGAAUUUGUGAACGAUGCCAACUGACAUUAGUCCAGCUUAGUAGUCCAAUUUCUAAAGUAUUUACAUACGUAGUUAAAAAAGCUGUUCUCCUGUAUGUAGUGCUAAUAAAGUUUUCAACACAUCC